UUGGGUGAGGUGGCUGAGACAUAACAGAGAAGCAAGAAUUUAUGACCCAGCCCUACACACUGAACCGGUCCAGAGUGCCAAAAGGGGCUGAGUUUCCUCCAGAUUUCCACAUUAAUUACUGUAAUUGCACCCAGCACCGUGUUCCUCCUGGGCCGGCAGAGGCCACAGACUUUGCCCCUUCCUCCCGCAACCAGCACCACAACGUUGGGUCAGCGUCUUCAGUCCAAAGAGGGUGGAACGGGCUCGGCUGCUAGGAUGAAGAUUGAAUUUGCUCCUCGCCACAUCCCGUGGGAGAGACGGCUUCAGACGGCUUCGGUGCUUCAAUGGCUCUUCUGUUUUUUGUGCAUGGCUCAGUGCUCCAUUGCCCUCUUCAUCCUGCUCCUCUUCACACGCUUCUGGCUGAUCAGUGCCCUCUAUGCUGUCUGGUGGGCGUUCGACUGGGACACCCCGCGCAAAGGUGGGCGGCGCUUCCAUUGGAUGCGGAAUUCGGUUGUCUGGCGAUAUGUGAAAGAUUAUUUCUCGAUCUCGCUGGUGAAGACGGCCGAUUUGGAUCCAUCCAAGAACUACAUCUUCGGCUUUCAUCCUCACGGCAUCAUGGUGGUUGGCGGCAUUCAUUUUUGCACCGAAGCCACUGGCUUUUCCAAACACUUCCCAGGCCUGAAGCCUCACAUGAUGAUGUUGAGUAUGUGUUUCCGAGUCCCCUUUUUCCGGGAUUACUUGAUGAGUGGAGGUUUUAUUUCCUCGGACAAGGAAUCUGCUUCCUAUAUCUUGAGGAAGAAGGAAGGUGGGAAUAUCGUAGUCAUAGCUGUGGGAGGGGCCAAAGAAGCCCUAGAUGCCCGUCCCGGAGCGUACACCCUGGUGUUACAGAACCGCAAGGGCUUCGUUCGGCUGGCCAUAGAGAACGGCACGCCGCUCGUCCCCGUGUUCUCUUUCGGAGAGAAUGAGCUAUAUGAUCAGGUCGAAAACCCCAAAGGAUCCUGGCUGAGGUGGACACAAGAGCGUUUGCAGAAGAUCAUGGGAGUCUCCCUGCCUCUCUUCUACACCAGAGGGAAAACUUUUGGGUUUCUUCCAUACCGGAAGCCAAUCUUCACCGUGGUGGGAAAACCCAUUCAGGUGGGGAAGAAACACAAUCCCAGCCAAGACGAAGUUGACGAGCUCCAUAAGAGAUACCUGGAGGCGCUCUGCAAGCUGUUUGAAGAGCAUAAACUGAAGUACAACGUGCCAGAAGACACGCAUCUCUCUUUCGUAUGA